AUGGGCUCCAGGGCAUGUUACUUGAACUCUCUGCGAAAGUCAGAGCCCCGAAUUGUUAACGUGAUUAUAACUGAAGUUGCCAAUGAAGCCAAACUCGAAACUUUAUCCACCAACCCAGAGGACCCUAGUCAGGUCUUGCGAAUAGGGAAUGGACUGUCCACUGAAGCAAAAGAAGGGAUGAUAAGCUUCCUGAAAAAGAAUUUGGAUGUCUUCACUUGGAAGUAUGAAGACAUGGUGGGAAUAGAUCCAAGGAUCAGUUGCCACCAUCUUAACAUGAACUCCUCCUGUACCCCUCAUCGACAGAAAAGACGUGCACUCAACCCAGAGAAGUACAAGGCACUCAAAGACGAAGUAGGCAAGCUUAGUCGCACUGGCUUCAUAAGGGAAGCCAUCUACCCGAAGUGGAUAUCCAACCCGAUCCUGAUACUUAGAAAAUAUAACAUGAAGUUGAAUCACCUCAAGUGCACCUUUGGGAUGGCUUCGGGUCAGUUCUUGGGGCAUAUUGUUAACCAAAGAGGAAUUGAAGCAAAUUCAGUAAAGAUAACGGCCUUGCUGGAAAUGAGGGCUACAGAUAAGAGCUUACCCUUCUUCAAUGUGCUUAAACAAGGAAAGAAGUUCCAAUGGACUUCUGAGUACGAGGAAACCUUCCAAGCGCUGAAAAAGCACCUCGGAGAGGCGCCCAUUUUCUCAAAACCUCAACCAGAAGAGUCACUGCUGCUGUAUUUGGCGGUUUCGGACGUGGCGAUCAACGUAGUCCUAGUCAGAGAAGAAAAUGAGCGCCAGUUGCCAAUAUACUACGUCAGCAAAGCACGCCUCCCAGCUGAAACACGCUACCCAGACAUGGAGAAACUGGCACUUGCCCACAUCACAGCCUCAAGAAAACUGAGGCCAUACUUUCAGGCCCACUCGAUUGAAGUUCUCACCAAUUUCCCAUUGCAGCAAGUGCUACAGAGAACGAAUGCAUCAGGACGCUUGCUAAAAUGGGCGAUCGAGCUCAGCGAGUUUGACCUAUUGUUCCGACCUCGACAUGCCAUUAAGGGUCAGGCCCUUGCAGAUUUUGUGGUUGAGUGUGCUAAAGCCCUGGAAAUGGAGGCAACAAUGGAACCAACCGAGCCCCCGACAUGGAAACUGUUCGUAGAUGGAUCCCCAGGAGAGGCUGGCUCCGGGGCAGGAAUUGUCUUGGAAAGCCUGAAGGGUCACAAGCUAAAUUGCGCAGUAAGGUUCAGCUUCAAAGCCUCGAGCAACGCUGCUGAAUAUGAGGUCCUUUUGGCAGGUCUUAGACUUGCUAAGAAAAUGCAGGUCAGAAAGCUACUAGCAAGCAGCGAUUCUCAGCUGAUAGUGAAUCAGUUUGAAAGGUUCGAACUGAUUCAAGUCCCACUCCUAGAGAAUACACAUGCAAACGCCCUUUCAAAAUUGGUCAGUAGUAAGGAUUCUGAGCUACUAAAGGUCGUCCCUAUUGAAUACUUAUCGAAACCCUCAAUUUUCGGAGGUGAAGAGGUACUAUGGAUAGAAGGCACCCCAUUAUGGAUGCAACCCAUCAUCGCCUAUCUAAAGGAUCAAACACUACCUACUUCUAGAAGCGAGGCAAGGAAGUUAAGAAGAAGGGCUGCGCACUUCGUCCUGCAAGAGGAUAUGCUCUACAAAAGAGGCUUCGCCUUACCACUUCUCCGAUGUGUGGGAGGCGAAGAAGCCACAUAUAUAUUUAGGGAAAUCCAUGAGGAAAUCUGCGGAAAUCACUCUGGAGGAACGGCUCUGGCACACAAGGGUCGACAUUCCCCACUCUUUAGUGUCCGACAACGGGAGACAGUUCAACAACACGAAAAUGCAAGAAUUGUGCGACGAACGGGGGAUAAAAAAGGAUUUCUCAACACCUCAUCACCCGCAAGCAAAUUGACAAGUUGA